GUUCCAAUCGUCGAGAGAUUAAUGACCUGCGCUUCGCAGCAGGAGCGUACGCACAACGCAGAGCUGCCGAGCGCGGCAGCUUUGUCUUUAUCGUUCGUGAGAUUAUCCAGGUCGGUUUAUAUAUCGGUAAUCGGAUAUAUUAGAUCAUGCGAAGCGUUAUUUUCAUAAUAUCGCGACUCAAUAUGUGAGAUAUUUUAUCUCUCACUGCGCCGUGCGCAGUGCAAAUACAUCGUCGCGAACGCCAAGGUUACCGUUACUUGCGCGCAUGUGCUUUCGCGGUGCAGUCACAGAAAACCGCAUACACAUACGCCGGCUGGCUCUUUGGUUUUGUUUUAUUUGCAACAAUCGAUCCCGUAUUAGCAUGUACAAUCGAAAAUUCGUAUUGCGCGUUUUCUCUCUCUCUCUCUCUCUCUUUCUCUCUCUUUUCUUUCACGUUGCCGAUCAGCAAAUGCGCGUUAUCGCCUGUUUGAACGAAAUCGUACAGCGCAUGAGGCAUUUGCACGUGAUUAUUGACGCGUCAUGAUUGAUUGCGUCGAAAUCGAUGACCCAGCAGGCGGCAACAAUUUUUUUCACAAGAUCGACCGUCGCUGUUUGCUUUCUAGUGGUCAUCGACUUUCAGCACGUUGGAAGAGAGGACUAAAUAAACAUAACCUAAACCUAAACGGAGGAGAACACCUUGCGAGAACUUCGGGUUACUAGCGGCGGCACAACUAGCGCUGUUCUUUCGAGAACGCGCAACACCAUUAUUGUUGGCAACUGGAAACGCGGUGGCAACUGGUACGCGCGGCAAUCCGAUUAUAAUUUCGAAAGCGUCAUUCGAUUUCGUGGCAACGAUGGCCACGACGAUCGCUAGCGGACUUCCUCUGACCAUCGAGUUCGGGGGUGGGGCGGAAUUAUUAUUCAGCAAGAAGAAGAAACACGAGGUGGACUUACCUGGCGACGACUGGACCUUGGGACGACUGCUGUUCUGGUUGCGAGAUAACCUCCUCACCGAGCGGCCGGAGCUCUUUAUGCAGGGUGAUACGGUGAGGCCGGGUAUUCUGGUUCUAGUAAACGACGCCGACUGGGAAUUGCUGGGCGAAGGCGAUUAUAAGCUGUGUCCGCGAGACAGAGUGCUCUUCAUUUCGACCUUGCAUGGAGGAUAGACGUGUCUUCGACGUUGAAAACUGACGAGAGCGAGUGGUAUUCAGCCGAGAAUACAUCGCGGAUUUUCUCCGACUGGUACUGAAAGCUUUAUAUAUAUUUAUGAGACAAUAAAGUACUUCUUUACGAGA